ACAUAGGCUAAAUUUUUUUAUUGUCAUUAUGCAUCAUUUUCAUUAAAUAAUAAAUACAUAUCAUAUGUUUUACGUUAUGUUACUAUGUGAUUUUCCAUUUUAUUUUAGUGGGCUUCCUUGGAGACAAUAGAAACAAAUUGAGGUAGGGACAGUAUAUACCAAAAGCCCACUUCUGACAUUGACCUCUUUUUCAGUACCCUAAUAAUAUAUAUAUUUCUUUCCUCCACGUUUAUAUAAUUUUUCAUAUUCAUCUCCUCCGAAACAUUUAAUUUCCUAAUGGCGACAGCACCAUUCUUAAUCUUCACCAUUUUUGCUCUUUUUGGAGUUUCCUCUUUAACAGAGGCAGCAGAAACUUCGUUUGUGGUGGCUCACAAGAAGGCUUCACUCCUAAAACUCAAAUCCGGCACCGAACGGGUCUCCGUUUCCAUUGACGUCUAUAAUCAUGGAUCUGUUGCUAUAUAUGAUGUAAAUCUUACUGAUGAUAGCUGGUCCACAGAAAUAUUUGAUUUCGUGGCUGGAAACACGUCCAAUUCAUGGGAAAAACUUGAUGCUGGCUCUCAUGUUUCACACACUUUUGAGUUGGAAUCCAAAGUGCAAACAGCUUACUACAGUGCACCUGCAUUCAUAACUUAUCGUAUUCCUACAAAAUCAAAACUACAGCUAGCAUAUUCCACCCCUGUUCCUGCACUAGAAACCUUAGAAGAAAAAGCUGUUGCCUACAAAUUAGAUUUGGCAAAGAAGUUGCUUGCAAAGUAUGGAUCCCAUUUUUCUUUAGUUCUCAUCGUCUAUUUGUUCGUGCGAAUUAUAUCUAGUCCAUCAUCUAAAUCAAGUUCUGGAAAUGAAAAGAAAAGGCAUUGAUCGUUCAUCAGCUGUAGCAAACUUCUCUUUUGCAGAGGCAAGGCCUGAUACCUGAUCGUUCAUCAGCUGUAGCAAACUUUCACUCGUACAAAUUCGUGUAAUUGCAUUUUGAUGAACUGAAAUGUAUUAGAUGAAUUUACUUGGGCUAUAUAUGAAAUUUUACUUGCUAAAAAUAUUUAAGUUACUUUAUUUACAUGUAAAUCUUAUUGA